AUGCAAGCUUCUCCGGCGCAGAAGAGAGAUGCAGCAAACAGCAUCUUCUCAGCUUUGAGUGCCGUGGCCAAAACCACUGAGGGAGAUGACCAGGUUCAAGAAAAGACUGGCACAAAACGGAAAGAACCGGAGCCGGAAGAAGAUGUGCCGAUGGGCCUCUUGCCGGUCGAAGAAGAGCCCCUCGACUGGCAGGUGCGAUUGCGAAAGCUGACGCAUGCCAGCUCAGCGCUGGCACCCAUGACUUUGGAUACGGUCUUCAAGUGGAUCAAAGAAGCCGUUGAGGACCCGGAUGCAGCUUUGUCCCGUGAUGUGAUCCGAAAGGGUGUGGCUGAACUUCAGCGCCGGGUUUCGAAAGGGGAACCUGUUUCAGAGGCCUUGUUUCGAUCAAAGCACGAUCUCAUCAACAAGUUGAAGGAAUCUGGCUUAGCUGAUCUGGCAGAGGAGGUGGACAUUGCAAUGCGAGCGUCUCAAUUGGCCAAAGGAUUUGCCAGAAACGUUCAGCAGGCCUGUCUUGAUGGCCAGACCAUGGAGUCUAUGGACCACUAUGUCAAGACAGUGGUAAGGGGCUGUGAUCGCAAAGGGUGGAUGAUGCGUCGCGUCUUUAUUCAUCACUUGAGUCAAGUUGCUGCCCGAAGCCUCAAAGCAGGAGACCAAGACGCAGCUGACAAAGCUGAGCAGUCAUUGAUAGACUUUGGCACAGUGGGUGGAUGGCCUUACAUCAUUUCCUGGUUGAAGGAGACUCCAGACCCAGCGAAAUGGCCCUCUGCUGAAGUCCUUGACCAACUGGGAACGUGCUUGCCUUCACGAAGCCCUGCCCAACUCUUUGCAGCUCUCUACGCAAUUCUCUCUUCCCCCAAGCUGGGGUGCACCCCAAAGAGCCUGGUUCGCAUUGAGAAGAUCCUGGCGAGGAACGUCUCACAGGCUUUCAACCUCAGCACUGUGGAACAUUCCAUGCCUCUGAUCAAAGAGAUAGCUGCUAGUGGCCCCAUCAUCAGUGCUCGCUUCAAGACAGUUCUGAAGCUCUUGGCAGUUGCCAUGGAAGUUCGAGAAGCCAGCGGGAACUUGCAAAGUGAAACAUGGCAAAAACUCCUGGGAAAGAUUCAGGAUUUAAGGGCUGCUGUAGAUGUGAAGACAUCCAAGGGCUGGCAGCAACUGACCAUGUCGGAGGUGGACUUUGUUGAGGAGCUCAAGGCAGUAGCUGAGCGCAGCCUGAAGAUGGCUAUGGAGAAUGAAGAAGUCCUGCGACAGAAACAAGAAUUGGUUCAGCAUGGACAAGUGCAGGAGCGUUUGGAGCAGUGCCGACUGGCCGUUUUGGCAGUGGCCAAUGAAGAUGGACUAAAGGAGAAGACCAAAGCUGGCCUGAAAAUAUGUUUGAUCAAGAUGAAGAACCUACAUGAAGCCAUGCAGAAAGUAGAAGUGCCAUCACCUUUUUGUACAGAAGCUUGGAAUAUUGGCCGUGCAGCCAUUCAAGACUUCAGCGAAUCCGAUCUGAGAUGCUGCAAAGCGUUUCAAUGGCUGCGAGAGAAGAAUCUGGGAUUCUGUGUACGACUCCUCGACAGCUGCGGCCUACUGGAGCAACUUCACUUGAUCCGAGAAUCUCCGCAGAAGUUGGACAAAGUGGGACUUCCCUACCGAUGUUGUCAACUUCUGCUGGCCACAGCAGAAAAAGAUGCUUUGUCAAAGGACACCUUUGCCCCAAAGUUGGAGGAGGUCCCUGCGGGAUGGGAGCAGAACACUUCUAGACACCUGAACUUGCAGUACUUUCAAAAGGAGGGCCAGAUGCAGUGGGAAUGGCCUUUGCCUGUCAACUUGGUGCCUUGGAGGAAUGACGGCGGUGUGGACGGAUCCACUAGUGAACAGUGGCAGCAGCAGGAUGAGGACCAUGCUAUACCGGAAGCGAAACACUUUGCCCCUGACCCAUCCAGCUCAGUGACAGCUUUGGAUGACUGUCCGUACAAAGAAGGCAGCCGGUGCUUGUUAUGCUUGGAGGAUUUCGAUGACGAGCACGAAUCUUCUUCAAUGCAUGGCCAGCACAUGAAGUUCUGGAAGCAAAUCACAGAUCGCAUGGCGAUGCUCUGUUUGGACCUGGAGAAGUUACCCCAGGACGGCUAUCGUCAAAUGGGCCUGGCAUCUGCGUGGCGUGGAGAGUUGUGGCAAGCCUUGCGAGUGAGUCCAGCUCCACCGAAGAGUGUUUUGGCACCAUUCUGGCAGAGAGUCGUUCUUCGACACCUUGCUCCCGCAGAUUCAACUUCAAAGAAUGAUCGGGAAACAGCUGCUGGCUUGCAGGCCCUUUUGAAAGAGGCUCUUAAGGCCGCGAGAGGAGCGGGAAAUGAGUCCCAGGAGACGAGUCAAGAGAAGGCGGAGAAGGACAUCUCUGCUGCUGUCGCCUCCCUCGACAAGAGAGUGUCAGGUCUUACCAACAUUUCCAUCACACCAGCUGUGGCUGCGCUGAAGGAUCUUCGUUUGACUGUGAUUUCAUCUUCGUUGUACUCCAGCGACACCAGGUCAGACAUCUUGGAUCAUGCCUUGAAGGCCCUGCGACAGGCUGAGGCUGCCAUUGAGCAGUUCUGCAGUCAGCCAGCCUUCCAUGUGGUGGUCCAAUCCUGGCUGGAAGAGAAGAGGCUGGAAAGUUGCCUUCCUCUCCUUUCCCAUAGAGGAGUUCUGACUGCGAUCGCAAAGGGCGAAGCUGUCAAGGCCGAUGCUGCACAUGGCCUUCCCACGCACUUCUCUGAGACGCUUUCUGAGGCAUGGCAUUCGGAGGGUGCAUUGCGGCUUCUACGUCCAAGACGAUCACCUCCAGAUGAUUGGGAAUUGGUUUUCUCGCGCAGCGUCGGCCUGUUCUACUAUUGCCACAAAACCAUCGACGGUCGAGCUCAAUGGCCAUACCCUGCUUUGGCUGAAAAUGAAACCAAGGGUAGUCUUGCAAAAGUGCCCAACAUCCUUGACGAGUGGACCAGGGGGAAACCAGUGGCUGGCAAUGCGCUCUAUGCAGAGAUCGCCUCUAAAGGUGAGCCGAUCUGUUUGUUGUGCAAAGGUCAGGGACUGGAACACUUUGCAAGUGCUGGCCACUCUGAAAACAUUGCCAUUUGGUCUUCGAUUCAGAGUCGCCUUUCAGAAGUUGAACACGGCCUGAACGUGCAGUUAACGCUAGUCACUUCUGCAAGCUCUUUGACAUCCUUUGAAAUGGCAGCCUUGACAAAGGCAUGGCUUCAUGAGAUUCAGCACACGACUUUAGAACCUGCAGAUUCCGAUGAUGCGAGGAAGCAGCAGGUGAGCCGCGUCUUUUGGCAUCUCCUUCUGGCUCCCUGGUCUCAAAAAGCCACGCAGCUAGUGCAAGUGCAACAGGAACUCAACAGAGCUCUCACCAUGGCGGGUUUACAGGAGCCAAAGUGGUCUGAAUUGGAGUGGCAAGCUCGCGUGCCUCCUCAACCGCAUGUGGACUUUCCAUGGCCGAGAGUGUCGAAACUGAAGCUUCCCCAAUCCACACCUUCGGAGGUCUAUGAUGCUCUUAGUGCUCAAGCUCUGAAGAGUGAAGGAAUCACUGCCAAGGCAGAUGGUACACUGUGGUGUACUUAUUGCGACAAAGCUGUGAAGCAACUCUCUGCUCAUCUCAAUCGCAUUUUCCCAGAGGCCAUGCAGCACAUCGAGAAUGGAAUUGCCGUGAAGGCGGUGGUGGCCAAAUUGAAAUCUGAAGGCCAUCAAAUGCGCUGUGAAGGCUUGGUCCUCUCCAAGCGACGUUUUCAUUGCAGUUUGUGCAACACCUCUGGCAAUUGGAAGUGGAUUUGUGAUCACAGAUCCGCUCCAUCUCACAGAGAUGCGUACAAUGUUUUCCUGCAAAGCUCCUCUCCAGCAGCUGCUCAAGUUCAGAUCAACAACAAGAAGUUCAAAGAGGCCGAGCUGGUGGCCUGGAAAAAAGCCAUGGCCAUGGACCAAGCGAUGGACAAAGACUGA